AUGCCCGGUAUUCAUACAUUUUAUCCCGGUUCAAUCCUGUUGCAACCAGUAGCAAAUUCAUUAGGCAUUGGAAUUGACAAAAUUAACUUAGUGAUAUGCCAAAUUAUAUCAUUGAUACUUGCUUAUUUACAAUACAGCGUCUUCAGUGCAGCUAAGGUUUCACGAAUGACACGUAUUGCAUUUCCUGCUAUUUGUGGCUUGAUAUUUUGUUAUUUUUGUUACGGCAAUGCAAUGAAACAUUUGGUGUUAUUGGUUGGUCUGUCAUAUGCUAUCAUGUAUUCUUCUCCGCCAGAAAUUGUGCAUAAAUGUGUAUUUUUAUUUUCUAUGGGGUAUCUCGUUUUGAUACAUUGGUAUCGGUGGUAUAUACUAACAGUGGCCUCUAUUGAUAUUACGGGUCCGAUGAUGAUAUUGGUUCAAAAAGUGACAGUACUUGCGUUUUCAUUGCAUGAUGGUAAGGUGAAAAAAAGUGAUGGACUAAAUGAAAUACAAAAAAGAGAAGCACUGAAAUCGUUACCUGAUAUUCUGAGCUUUCUGAGUUAUAUGUUUCAUUUUCAAGCAGUUUUAACGGGACCAGCUUGUUUUUAUACCGAUUAUAUGGCAUGGAUUAAUGGAACAGCUGCUAUCGGCAAAGAUGGGAAGGUUGAGAAGCCUUGGCGUGCAGUAUUAACAAAAUUAUCACAAACAGCAGUUUUCAUGUUAUUGUAUGUUUUUCUUGGUGAUUGCUUUACUCCUGAUAUUAUCAUUGAUGAAAAAUAUAUGAACCUGAAUUGGAUCCAAUGGCUAUUUGUGUUGUACAUUGUAAUGGCUUUUCAACGGGUACCAUAUUAUUUUGCAUGGACUUUGGCUGACGCGAUAUUUAAUUUGAGUGGUUUCGGAUUUAGAGGUUAUGAUUCAAAUGAGCAACCUCAGUGGGAUCUAGUUACCAAUGUCAAGCCUUGGAAAGUUGAGACAGCAUUAAAUUUCAAAGAAACGUUAGAAGCAUGGAACUGCUGUACGAUGUACUGGUUGCGACGUGUUGCAUAUGACCGCGCUCCAAAAGGGUACCGAACUCUAUCGACUUAUUUAUUGUCAGCAGUUUGGCACGGUUUCUUUUUGGGUUAUUAUGUCACUUUCUUGACUGGCGCUUUGUUCACCGUUUCUGCGCGAACGGUACGUCGUUGCUUACGUUGGCGUUUUCAAGGAAAUAAAUUUUUACAACGCUUAUAUGACAUGCUCACACUGGUUAUUACCAAAAUUGCUCUAUCUUAUGCAUCAUUUCCGUUUGUCAUGAUGCACCUUGGACCCGGUCUNUCACCUGAAUUAAUCGUACGUCGUUGCUUACGUUGGCGUUUUCAAGGAAAUAAAUUUUUACAACGCUUAUAUGACAUGCUCACACUGGUUAUUACCAAAAUUGCUCUAUCUUAUGCAUCAUUUCCGUUUGUCAUGAUGCACCUUGGACCCGGUCUAUAUUUUUACAGGCAAAUGUAUUUUUGUUUACACUUCACAGCACUUUUUGCUAUAUUUCUCUUGCCUCGAAUAUUGGCUCCAAAAUCAAAACCAAUAAUUCAAAGUGGAAGAAUUGACGACAUAAAGAAAUCAUCGUAA